AUGGAUGAAGAAUCUGUUAAGAAAUAUGAAUCAGAAGUAAAUAAUUAUUUUGCAAAAUUAUACACAGGGGAUAUUACAAUAAAUACUAUGCUAGAUAUAUUAAAGGGGUUAUCUAAUUCCCCUAAAGGAUCAAAAAAUAAUGAUGUGUAUAAAUGUAUGUUAUUAGUAUUAUUUAAUGAAUGUAAAUUUUUUCCAAAAUAUCCACCUGAAGAAUUAGAUAUAACAGCUAAAUUAUUUGGAAAAUUAAUUAAAAAUAAUUUAUUAAUGGAUUAUGGAAAUGCAUUAAAUAUUGCUUUGAUGUGUAUAUUAGAAGCUAUUAGAAAAGAAAAUGAUAUAAAAAUAAAUAAUAACAACAUCAACAAUAUUAAUAACUACCAUAAUAAUAAUAUAAGUGAAAACAUUAAAAUUGGUCUCCACAUAGAUAGACCAAAUUAUAAUAAUGAAAAUAUAGCCUUUAUAAAUGAUAAUACAAAUAAUAUCAACAAUAAUAAUAAUAAUAUUAAUAAUGAUAUAUAUAAUAACAAUAUUAAUGGAUAUGAUAUUAAUCAUGAUAAUAUCAACAAUCGCAAUAAUUCCAUAAGUGUUGUGAACGUUUUCAAUGGCAUCCUAAAUAAUAAUAAUAAUAAUAAUAACAUAAACAAUGAUAAUUUAUUAUCAAGUAUUAAUAAUAUCGUACCCAAUUAUCAACAACAAGUACCAAACUUCUCACAACAUAUUAAUAAUGAUAUCUCCUCAAAUAUUAACGAUAAUAUUAUUUUAAAAAAUAAAAACAUGAACAAUAAUAUAAAUAGUAAUGUUUUUAAUACAAACAAUUUUCCCAUAACUAACAAAAAUAAUAUUAGUUAUAAUAAUAAUAAUAUUUCCAAUAUACUAAAUAAUGAAAAUUCAAAUAACAAUAUUAAUAAUAAUGAAAAUCAAUUAUAUUUAAACAGACCUUACUUAAAUUCAACAAAAGAUCUCAUACAUCAAUAUAAUAAAAAUAUAAACACAUUAGGAACUAAUAACAAUAUUAAGAGAGAUAUAAAUUCAAAACUUACACAUGCAUUUAAUCAAAAUAAUUUAGAAAGUAAUAUAUCAAACGUAAUAGAUAAUUCGAUAAACAUGGGUAUAAAGGAACAUACCAAGAAUAUGUUAGAUCACAAAAGGGAUCAUAUGAAUAAUAUGAAUAAUAUGAACAAUAUGAAUAAUAUGAAUAAUAUGAACAAUAUGAAUAAUAUGAAUAAUAUGAAUAAUAUGAAUAAUAUAAAUAAUGUGAACAAUAUGAAUAACAUAAAUAGUAUGAACAAUGUGAAUAAUUUAAAUAUCCAAAAUAAUAAUAAUAAUAAUAAUAACUACAAUUUAAUUAAGGCAAAAGAACAAUCAUCUGAUAUUAUAGAAAUUUUCUAUGAUCAAAUUCAAAAAAAAUUACCAAAUCAUCUAAACGCAAAUAAUAUAAACGGCUUCGGCUUAGGACAAAUAGAAUGCUUAAUGGAUGCCACGGAACUUACCAAAAAUAUUAUUCUUCCCUCAUCAAUUAUUAUAGGAGAAGUUUUUAGUAUUUUUAAUACAUUGUGCCUAUUUAAUAUAGAUGAAAAAAUAAAAAUUUUAAAAGAUUUUAUGCAACCUGAUUAUUUUAAUUGGUUAGCAUUUUAUAUCGUAAAAUCCAGAGCUUCUAAAGAAGUAAAUUUACACAACGUAUUUUUAGAAUUUAUUGAUAAAUUAAGCUAUCCAUUAUUUAUAGAUACAAUUAUUAGUAUGACCUAUGAUUGUAUACUUAUAUUAUUUAAAUAUAUAAACGAACUAAAAGAAGUCAGUGCUUUCAGAACUGUUUUAAAAAAUUUAGGUUCAUGGUUAGGAUUCAUAACCUUAGGAAGAAAUAGACCAUUGAAAUCAAAAAUAUUAGAUUUAAAAGUAGUUCUAUUUGAAGCAUAUGAUAAAGGUUGUUUAGUUUGUAUAUUACCUAUGGUAUGUAAAAUUUUAGAAUCUAUAAAAUUAUCAAAAAAUUUUAAACCUCCAAAUCCUUGGACUACUGCUAUGUUAUGUUUAUUAACAGAAAUUCAUGAGCUUCCAAAUGUCAAAACAUACAUCAUAUUUGAAGUUGAGGUAUUAUUUAAAAAUCUAUCUUUAAAUAUUCAGGAAUUCCAAAAUAAAACUGUAUUGCUUA